AUGCACUUGUUUGAGAAUAAAAGUGAAAAUCAACUGAAUUUUUGUCGAGAUGAUGAAUGUAGUGGCGAAAAGGAUAGGGAUACUCUUGCAACGAUUAAUAUUUUGCCGGAUGAAAUACUUUUGAAAAUAAUUGGUUAUUUCCAUCCGAUCGACCUAAUUCAUUGUUUAUCUUGGGUAUGCCGACGCUGGAACAAUUUAGCAAAUGAUCCGUCUCUUUUUACCGAAUUACGAGUUCUGGUCACUGAGCAGUCUUUGGCGAGUGGAGCCGUGCGAAGACUUUUUGAUAGAGCAGCGCAUCAUCUUCGUAAAUUGUGCAUUGAUUGCGCCGUAAGUUUGCCUUCUGCAGCGGUCGAAGAUCUGUUCACUGUUUGUAUGCCGAACGUUAGCCAUUUGGACAUCAGCUCAUUCAAUGGUAACUCUUCUCUUCCCCUUUUUGUCCGACAUAAGUGUCGAAUUGUUGCUCAGGCUCGCCAGAUGCUUUCCGAAUGUCGAGACGCUGCACAUGGAGGGCUUGAGGCAGUUCUAACAAUUUUUUAUCAGUUUAGCUUUUAUGGAUUAAUAACUUCGCCGUUCAAGUCCACUCUUACCGAACUAUAUCUUGGAUGGUACAUCAAUAAUCAGGAUUUUCGUUAUAUUGGCGAGCUACAUAAUCUAAAAAUCUUUUCGCUUUUAUUGUGCUUACACACCAGGGAUGAGGAAUUUAUACAUUUAAAGAAACUGAGCAAUUUGGAGGAGCUGUAUAUAUCUUGUGGUGGUGAGGAUUGUGAUCUUACACCAGACGGUAUCAUUGCGCUGUUCGAUUUACCGUAUGAAAUGCCCGAAAGGUCGUUUCCCUAUAAAUUACGCAGUUUAGCACUUACGGAUCUGCAUAUGUGUCACAAGGAAGUCCUGGAAGUUAUCGUUCGAAAGUGA